AUGGUUUUUCGUUCUGGACCCCUGACUCCUGGAGUCGCAUUCGUAACCGGCGGCGCACGCGGCUUGGGCAAUGCGAUUGCAGUAUCUUUCGCAAAGGAUGGCGCACGAGGGGUUGUUAUCGUCGAUAUUUUGAGCGAUGAUCUGCUCGAAGCAGGCCGCAAGAAUGUCGAGACCUACGGAGCUCGAUGCAUCGCCAUCAAAGCCGACGUUACCAAAGAAGACGAUGUUGCUCGUGCGAUUGAGGAGACAAUAACAACCUUUGGGCGAAUCGACUAUGCUGCCAACUUUGCAGGUAUUGUGGGACCAAUCAAUCUUCGCAUGUGGACCACUUCAAUCGAAACGGUGCGGAAAGUGCUUGAAGUCAACACAAUCGGCGUGUGGAUCUGUACUUCACAACUGAUCAAGGCUAUGAUGAAGCAAGAAGCCGUGGAAUUGUAA